AUGACGUUACCUUUUAGAACUCUCUACACUUCCUUUUCUUUCUUUCUUUCUUUCUUUCUUUCUUUCUUUCUUUCUUUCUUUCGUUGUGUCGCGUCCGUUAAGGAAGUUAGCAAUAAUAACUUUCUAAGGAUCCCUUUUCUUCUUCUUCUUCUUCUUCUUCUUCUUCUUCUUCUUCUUCUUCUUCUAAGUGUCUGUCCCUCUUUCCGAUUCUGUCUAUCAGUUUCCCUCCUGAUUCUCAUUAUCAGUGUCCCUCUUUCUGAUUCUCAUUAUAAAUGUUCCUCUUUUUCAUUCUUAUUAUAUGUGUCACUGUUUCUCAUUCUUAUAUUGUCCCUGUUGUUGAUUCUCAUUAUCAGUGUCCUGUCCCUCUUUCUGAUUCUGAUUAUGUUCCUCUUUCUGAUUCUCAUUAUAGAUGUCGCUUUUUCUGAUUCUGAUUCUAAGUGUCCCUCUCUGUUUCUGAUUAUAAGUAUACUUAUUUCUGAUUCUCAUUAUAAGUGUCCCUUUUUUCGAUUCUGUCUAUCAGUCUCCCUCUAUCUGAUUCUCAUUAUCAGUUCGGUGUCUGUGGCCGGCACACUCAUAUCUCUUACUUUCUCUCUCUCUCUCAUCUAUUACUUUAUAUCUCUUUCUUUCUUUCUUUCUUUCUUUCUUUCUUUCUUUCUUUCUUUCUUUUUAUUGCUUCAUAUCUCUUCAUCAUCAUAA